CCCCCCUCCCCGCCCCGUCCCGCCGCGCCGCCGGUUCGCGCCCCGCCGCCGCCACCUCCCCAUGCUGCCGCCGCGCCGCUGAGCCCGGCCCCGCCGGCCCCCCCCCCCCCCAGCUUUGCCUUUCAUUUCUUAUUUUAUUUUAUUUUAUUUUAUUUUUGCACCCCCCCCCCCGGCAUGGCGGCGCAGGGCGGCCCCGGCCGCAGCCCCCGCCGGCCCUGCGCGCUGCCCGGGCUGGCGGCGCUGCGGGCCCCGGAGCCGGCCGGCAUGUCGCCGGUCACCACGCUGGCCCUGGACAUGGACAACCUCACGGGCCUGGGCAGCCACUGCGACACCCCCAAGAGAAAAAUCCUGGGCAUGUGCUUCAAGAGCGACUGGUCGCAGCUCUCGCAGGACUCGGUGUCCUCAGACUCCUCGCAGGACUCCGUCUUCUCCGAGUCCUCGGACGCCGGAGUGGGGCUGGAUUCCCCGACGCAGGAGGACCCCGAGGCGCUCGAAGAAGUCUUCGAGAAGGCGAUCCUGGAGUCCGGGAGGGUCGUCAAAGACAAUAAGCUCCUUAUCCGGAGGAUCCACUCGCUGCCGCCGCGGCUGCUGGGGGCCAGCCCGGCCCUGAAGAACAUCUCCAACGCCAAGGAGUUCAACGGCGCGAGCAGCAGCGAGGCGCAGGGCCGGCGGGAGGCCCGGGACGAUGACGUGUUCAAGAAGCCGCAGAGGCCGGGUCACCGCGGCCGGGGGCACACGCUUGACGGGGCUGCGGCGAAGGAGCCCUUCGCACCGAGACCCAGCUCUGCUCCGGACCUCCUGUUCGACACCCCCGAGAAGGAGAACGUGCCCGAGGGCGAGAGCCCCGUGACGCUGCGCCGUUGCUCCCUGACCUCCUCCAUGACUGAGGAGGAAGAUGACGGUUUCAUGGAGAUCCUGGAUGAGGAGGACAUGAAGAGCGACGCGGACGUGCCGCAGGGGAUGGAGAGCCUGCUCACCGCCCCGCUGGUGAAGAAGGAGGAGGCAGAGCCGCGGCCAGGGAAGCGCGGCAAGUGCCGGCAGCUCUUCCGCUCGCCCUCCAUGCCCAGCAGCGUCAUCCGGCCCAUCCUGAAGCGCAUAGACCGGCCCCCGGACCGCGACACCCCCGUGAAGACCAAGCGGCGGCGGAGCGUGGCCGGCACCCCCGCGGAGGAGCGGCCGGCCGAGCCGAAAGCGCGGCUGCUGCGCUCCAGGUCCUUCUGCCACGAGGAGAUCGAGAACAUGCUGGCCAACGACCACCGGGAGCUCAUCGGAGACUUCUCCAAGGCCUACCUGCUGCAGACGGUGGAGGGGAAGCACCAGGACCUGAAGUACAUCUCCCCGGAGAUGAUGGUGGCGGUGCUCAACGGGCAGUUCAGCAGCCUCAUCGAGAGCUGCGUGAUCGUGGACUGCCGCUACCCCUACGAGUACGAGGGAGGCCACAUCAAGGGAGCCGUCAACCUGCCGAUGGAGCAGGACGUGGAGGACUUCCUGCUCAAGAAGCCCAUCGUGCCCUUCGACGCCGCGAAGAGGGUGAUCGUGAUCUUCCACUGUGAAUUCUCCUCCGAGAGGGGUCCCAGGAUGUGCCGCUUCGUCCGGGAGAAGGACCGUGCCUGCAACGAGUACCCGCACCUGCACUACCCCGAGCUCUACGUCCUGAAGGGCGGCUACCGCGAGUUCUUCCCCCAGUACCAGGCGCACUGCGAGCCGCAGGACUACCGCCCCAUGCACCACGAGGACUUCAAGGAGGACCUGCGCCGCUUCCGCCUCAAGAGCCGCACCUGGGCCGGCGAGCGCAGCAAGCGCGAGCUCUACAGCCGCCUCAAAAACUUCUGACGGCGCCGGCCCUGUGCAGAGCCCGGCACCCCCGUGCUGCCCGCCCCAGCGGAGACCCCAGACCCCGGCCCUGCCCUCACUCCAUCACCUCUGCAUCCUUCUGGCCGGGGUCCCCCUGCCCUGAAGUCUCCUGUGGUUUUGCCCAUCUCUGAUGCUCCCUGGGACAUGGGGUGAUUUUUGCCCCCUCCCCUGGGCUGGACCCCGCCGGCAGCUCGGGGCUGUGGUGCGGCAGGGCCUGGCACCUCCACCCGGCCUCUGCGGCAGCAGCUUGGGGCUGGUCCCUCCUUGCGGCCCGAAAACCCUGCGCCUCGGGGCCAGCUCCCGUGUGCAUGGCCGUGCUGCAAGCGCUGAGCCAUGCCAGCGGCUGGGUGCCCCCUGUACCAUCCUCGCCCCCUGCACCCCAUUGCAGCGGUGGGGCGGGGGGCAUAGGGCAUGUUUUUACCCUUUACCCCUCUGUGCUUGUGACUCGGGGCUGGGGGCAGCAGUGGGGUCCUCUGCAAGGCUGGGGGGUCACUGCCAUGUCCAACAUCUCCUGCUCUCCAGGGCUGGGGGCCUGGGGGGGGGGGGGUUCCUCCUCCAUGUGCCUCUGCAGAGCUGCAUCUGGCCUCCCCAAAGGCCAUAUCCUGCUGGGGGCAAAACUCGGAGCCUGCUGUGCCAGGGUCUCGGGGGGGUGGGGGCUGAUGCCCCCCCGGGCAGGACCCCCUCAGGCUGCUGUGCUGCCCUACAGCUCCCGGGGCUGGGGCUGAGCCCCCUGUGUCUCCUGCAUGUGGGUGCACCGAGCCUGGGGGGGGGGGGCAGCUGGUGCAAGCACUGGGCACCCCCUUCUCCGGUGCAGGGAAGGGCCGAGGGCUCCGGUAGAAACAUGGUAGAAACAUUUAAGAAAAGCACUUAAACCUCGUUUGCACCAAGCGUGCACCACGGUGCCCGGCUGCAGCCCCGGCUGCCCGCACCGGUGCGGAUGCAAGCGAGCACCCGGCGGUCAGCGCCUGGGGGGCCGGGCACCCCCAUGGGGGCCGGCCGGUGUUAUAAUAGCAAUUUUGUGAGUGCAUCAGGCUCUUUUUUUCCUUCCUUAUUUAAGGUAGUUGGUACCUUUAGUAGUGCCGCUUCCAGACACGGGAAGCGAUUUGAGAUUAGCACCGCCAAAGCCCCCUGGGGCCGGGAGAAGGGGUUGAGGCCGGGUGCUGCCUGCAGUCGCCUCUUGUUCCUGUUUUUGUUUGUUUUCCGUUUCGUUUCCGUUUUUACACUCCGGUUUUGUAACGCGCCUGGGAGGCAGAGAACGGCCCCGUUUCCCCUGCCGCGCUGUGUAACCGUGUGGGGGAAUAAACGGCCGGGUGCAUGGG